AUGGCUGCCACCGCUGCUCUCGAGAAUGCUCACGCAGGAGCUUAUUCCUCGCAGUCAGCCAAGCCCUUUUCUUCUGGCGAUAUGGCCUGUCCGGAUCCGUCCGCUCAUGGCCGAGACAAAAAACUUCAAGAACAAGCCUCAACCGCUGCCCUCUACGUCACACACCCUGAUCGCGCGACAAACAUUGAGCAAACGAGUCCGCUUGGCUCUAACGGAAAGCUCUCCUCGGCGAGCGCCGCCACCUCUCUCAAGUACGCCAGAGCGCAGGAACUCCCUAGCUUCCCGGUCGUAGGCAUUGACACAGCUAAUUCCGCGGGAUCCGCUGCGCUGCUGGCUGCGGGAAACAAGACAAAAAUCGAGUGGUGGAAGCCUGAUGGCACGUCUGACAGCGCUGCAAAAGCCGCUCUCUUGGCCAAAGACUACAAGAUGCCGCCUCUCUGGCAACCAGAACUGAGCGCGGCAGGCUCCAAGGCCGCACUACUCGCUCAUCGGGAUAGCGCCAAACUCAACCUGUGGAUGCCUGAGGCAAGUGCGGACGGCAAUUCGGCUGCUGGCAUUGCCAUGCGUAACAAGGCGCUGAGCCCACAGCCUGACUAUGGUUACUCCGAUACUGGCAAGAGGAAUGCACUCACAGCUGCAACAGGGGCAGUGGCUGCCAGGAACCGGAAAAGGGCAGAAUCGUCACCCGCGCCGCUUCCAAACUAUCCUGAUGCCGCAAACUCUGCCCACAAUUCACUUAACGCCGCCACUGUCGCACAUAGACCGUCGAUCAAGAAGCCUCACGACACCAACCGCACGAGUUCGGAAGCUAUGCAAUCCGCACGGAUUACCAACAUCGGCGCCAAUGUCCCGAAAGAGAUGUUCGGUUCGACGCCACCGGUCUCGAUCGAGGUCGAGGAACAGCGACGACAAGCAGCCCUUCGGGCCUCCGCAAUCUCCAUGGCCAAGAAAAUGUACGAUACACAACAGCACGCGAUCAACGAGGCAGCUGGCAUCUCCAACAUUGGUGAGACGGCGGCUCGCGGGGCCAGCGCACGGCCGAUGUCAAUAGCGAGCAGCACCACUUCACCUGCGGACCUCAGAACACAGGCGCUGCAAUACAUGAAGGUGCAGAGUCAGGCUCAGAGGCUGGCUGCCGAACGACUGGCCAAACUCGACGCGGAUGGCACGAAUGACUUCCGUGACUACUACGGUUACAGCAGCACGCCAAAGCGCUCCCGGCUCUCCGUACGUCGAGGGAGGCGCCGUGCCUCCAGCGACAGUAGACUGAUUGAUUCAGAUGACGAAGAACAAUCGCGGAGGAUCAGGGAUCAGAUGUCCAUAUUCAACACCAAGCUUGCCCAAGUUGAUGCCAAGAAGAGGCAGAAAGACCGCGAAAACCUCCUCGCCGCCGCAGAGCGAAAAGUGCUCGCUCAGAUGCACACGAUGGACGAGAAGGUCUUCAUGGAAACUGGGAAAGUGCCACCGGCGAUCAUGGAGGAAUGGGAAGCGAAAGCCCGCGCCAAAGCAUCUGAACAGAGCGAGAAACGCAUGGAGAAUCACGGCAAAGUACACGUUGGGGGUGGAAAGUUUCUAGACCAGUCCGAGAUCGAUGCUGUUGCCGCCAGCAAAGUCGCCCCGACCUUGAAUGAAAUAGCCGAUGCUGCCGAGGCUAAGAGAGCUCAGGACGAGGAGCGACGGCUUGAGGAAGAGGAGAGGAAACGUCUUGCGGCUGUCGAGAAGGAGCGUGAGGCGGAGCGAAAGGCUGAGGAGAAGAGGAUCAAGAGUGAGUUGAAGGCAGAAGAAAAAUCCCGUAAGGCUCAAGAAAAAGCUACUGCAAAGGCUGAGAAGGAAAUUGAAAAGGUGCGACGUGAUGAAGAGAAGCGGCUCAAGCAAGAGGAAAAACGCAAGUCGAAGGCGGAACAAGAAGAACACGAGGACCACUCUGAUGCGCCCAUGACCGUUCUGGAGCCCCGACCUGUGACUUCAAGCACUCACAGAGACGAGCGACCUGCGCCCUUGGCUGAAAUUCCAAGCUAUCAGAGAGAGGUCGAGGCGAUAGGCGAGGUUGCAUCCUCUGACGAGGAAGACAAGCAGAAACAUACGGUCGACCCCGUCGAGGAGUCACAUCAAACACGCCGUGUGGCUACCGCGCCUGCAACUACCAUCGAAACACCUACACACAAUGAAAACAACAAAUCAGCCAAGGAUAUCUCCUUUUCUGCGCCUACCUCCCCUAUCGACCACACUACUUCUCCAAAGGAAGGCGGUAGCCGCGGUCUCAAGUCCUUCUUCAAUCGUCUAAAGCGCCGAUCCCACCUUGGUCGUUCCAAAGAGAAGUCUGAGAAGGCCGAGCCUGGGACACUUUCCCAUCGCAGCAGCUUCAUCGGCGGUGCGGCACUCCGCUCGCAGAGUUCCCUUGCUGCUACGCGCGAUCAACCGCCAGCUCCUGAGCAAACGACGCCCAUGAUCACAACCCCACCGGCACGCCGUUCCUCACCUAGCAUCAGCAGCCUGGAGAGUGGUGAAAUAGCUCGUACCAGUAGCGGAGGCGGAUUCGCGGGUAGCUGGAGCAGUCGAGGUCGGCAGCGUAGCGCAGCGACUGGAGUGAGCAGUGUUUCAAAUGGUGUAGACGAUGACGAGGAGCAAUUUGUCGAUGCGGGCGAGAGUCUUGAGCCACCUCCGCGGUUGACGACGAAACGGAGUACGGAGAGUCCCCAGAGGGACAGCCGGUUUAUGGAGAGAUUCUAA